ACUGCUUCAUAGUAAGUUCUUGCACGUGCGAUUCAUUUGUUUGGAAUUAUUACCACAAUGAAUUUAAUCCGCGAUCAAAUAGAUUAUUCGAAAUGCAGAUUUUAAUCAUUGAAUCGAAGAUUUUUGCUUUUUAUGAUUUUAAUUUGUCUGUCAUCAUUUACAAUCAAGGUAAUUUAUUUGAAUGAAGGAAAAAUAUGGAUGAUACAGCUACAAAAGGCAGUCUUCCAGAUGGAUGGAUAGUGAAAGUGUCUAAGAAUUUUCCAGAUCGAGUAUAUUAUUUUAAUAUUUAUACUGGAUCUUCUACUUGGGAAUGUCCAAAAUUGGACCCUCCUGGAAGUAAUAAAAUCAAGAAAAUGAAGAGCUUAAAUAUUUUGAAUAAACAAGCCUCAAGUGGACACACUGUUGCUCAUACUGAAGCUAAAUCUCCAGAUCUUUCAUCAAAAAUUAAAGCAUUUUUAUUAGAUGCUAAGAGAGAAAGCCAGAAAAGAUCAGUAGAAAACGAUACACCCUCUAGUCCUUCAUUGCAUUCUAAAUUUCCCACUCCACCAACUGCAAUUGUGGCACCUGUUAUUUUAGAUAAAAAAGUAACUUCAGUGACAAAGAAAAAAAAGAAAAGGUCUAAAAAAAAGCCGAAUCUUGCUGCAUCAGAUGUGGCUGUAAGCCCAGCAACAGGUAGCCUGGCAGGAACUAUUUUACAAAGAAAAGAUUCUGAUGAUGCUACAAAAAAAGUGUCUUUUACUGUCAAGUCACAAAAUAAGAUUCCUAUUAGUAAGUCAGAAAGUACAAUUCUAUCAAAAUCAAAAAAGUUUACUCCUGUAUUUAAGAAAAAAGAGUCUCUUGUUAUUUCGGUACCUACUGCUGCAAAACCAGGUAACCCCAUUAGUCGAGGAAUGCGUUGUGUGACUCUUGAUAAAAACAAGCCUUUAUUAUCUUCGACAGACAAAAAAGGCGAUACAAAAGGAAAGGAGACUUUAAGCUUACAUCAUAAAUUUCCUUCUGCAAGAUCAGAAAAAGAAAAACUUAAUGUACUGGAUGGCUGUAAAGUUGACAAACAGUAUAAAUUGCCAAGUCAGAGUCAGCUUAAUGAAAAUAUUAAAAGGAAAUCUGCUGUGCUGAAUACAAAUUCAGGUGAAGAUCUUUCAACCAGUAAAUCUAAGUCAUUGUAUGAAUCUGAUGGUGAAAUAAGUGAAAUGGAUUGUGAGAUGAAUUCUGAUUGUGAAGAAUCGACUCUUAAAGUAUCUCCUACUGAAGUAAAUAUUGGGGCAUCAACAUCCAGAAUCAGUGAUCAAGAUUCAUUUGAUGAUAUUGAAAUGCUUGAUAUGUCUUCCAGUGACUUAGUCAGAAUAGAUGAUAUGUUUGGAUUUGCAUUUCAAGGAUCUUUGAUGGAGAGGCACUUUAUUGUUGUAGAUACUAAUAUCUUUAUUAGUGAACUUUCAUAUAUUAAAGAAAUGAAGGACACUCCAGUAAAUGGUUGUGGCCCUCCCCAUUUUAUCAUACCAUGGGUUGUAUUUCAAGAACUUGAUAGUUUAAAGAAAAAUGGAGCAAGGCCGAAGGCUGGAGUUUCUAAAGAUAUUAAGAUACGAAAGACUUAUGAUGUUAUGAAAUCUUCAGGAGAGGCUAUACGUUACUUGAAUACAUUACUAAAAGCCAAACAUCCACGAUUUCAUUUCCAACAUCCAGAUGAGGCAAAGAACUGCCGGAAAGAUUUUAGUAGAAAUAAUGAUGAUCAACUGUUGGAAUGUUGCUUAAAGCUACAAGAAAGAAUGCCUAAAGAGAAAGUGAUUUUACUCACCAAUGACAAAAAUUUGGCAAACAAGGCAAUGGUCUGCGAUAUAGUUGUGCAUGACAAGAUGUCUUUAUUGAAUACUCUGAAGUCUGAUUUAGUAAUUAAUGAAAAUCUACCAAAGAAUCUACCCAAUCCUACAUAUGUUCCAGACCAUUCCAAGGUUUUGGUUGAACAGAAAUCUCUGGAACAGAAGUACGGGGCAAUUCAUAAAAAGUGUGAAUUGGAAAUUGAUGCUCAUAUGUCAGAAGCAAGACAGCUAUUAAUAGAAGUCUUGGAUCCCUUAUUUGAAAAAGAAAUGGAUAUAGCAUAUGGAGAUGCAUGGCAUUUCUUCCCAGUUGAAAGGCAUACUUUGAAAGGAAUUCUUUAUGGAAUUGUAAGAUAUUGGAGAACUGUUUUUACAUUUUUAUUCUCGAGAGAAGAUCAAGGGAAAUUUGAAAUGCUUCAAGAAAAAGUAAAACGUCCAGAAGGCUUCUUGGGAGAACGAGAGGAAUGCUUAAACAUUUUAAAGACAAUUGAAGACCUGUUCAUUAUUAUUAAAAGAAAAUGGUCGGACAUUCAAGUUCCUGUUGCAGAAGUUCGAAAGAUUAAAGAAUUGACCGAAGAAUCAUUUUCUAACCUGAGUGAAAGUGAAAAAAAUUUAAUAAACAUUGAAAAUGCAAUAAAGCAGUCAGAAAUGAGCUGUUGUAUUGAGGUUUUCAACCAUAACUGGACAGUUAUAAAUCAUCUGUGUGGAUGUACUUUGGAUUUCUGUGGUAUACCUCAUGACCUUGUAUAUGAUAAGAGUGUUCCAUUUCCUCCUAAAUCUGAAUUUAUUCGUAUCAUGCCAAAAUUACAAACAUCUUUGAGUCGAUUGAAAGAUGUCAUGGAAAGAAUGCUUCUUGUUGUUAAAUCAUCGUCAACAAAUGGUUCUGUUUUUAAAGAUUUGCACAAGAUCUUAAAGGAACUUGUUCCAUCAUUGAAUAUUCAGGUUGAAAGGAUAAGUGUUCAACACUUUUCAGCAAAGGUUGUUGAAAGAUUUUGUCGCUUACCUGAAAACAGACCAAGAAUAGAAGAAGGAUACAAACAGUUACUUAAUUUCCAUGAGAAACUUGGGAAUGCACUUCAUGUUUUGUUGACAGAAAAAUAAACAAUUUGAACAAAAAAAAAAAAAAAAAAAGACUUAUAGUGUAGUACACUGUAGUGCUUAGCACUUGUUUGGACAUGUUUAAUUGGAACAAGUUAAAAACAUAUUUUAAUGUUGCAUUCAUUGCUCAUUUUAAAUGUACUUUAUUGAAAUUCAAAAGCAGGUUUCUUAAUUUUUUUUCUAUGUGUACAUAUUUUAAAAUCUGUAUAAAAUUUCAUCGCUAUGUCUCUUGAGCUUUGGGCAGAAAAAUAGUCUUUAAGUAUAUUUGUCAAAAUUAUUUUGAACUUAAUUCACAGUGAAUUUAAAAUAAAGAAGCUGGAAUUGUCUUGCCAUUUAUUUUGUCACAAUUACAUGUCAAAUUGUGUAGAAAAAUUACAUAUUAAUUAGGAAGAAGAAAAAAAAAUCAGGAAGGAAAAACAUUUAGUUCUUGGCAAUCAGAAAAUAUGAAAGAUUUUAUAAGAAGUCCCAUACUUUUGAAAGGAAAAUGAACAGUUUCCUUAUAAAUGAAAUUAUACAUUUCCAUACUUUCUAUUAUGAAUACUUUUGUAUUAUGAAUUUCUCAUUUCCAUUCUAAUGAAAUGAUAUUUUUUAAUAAUAUAAUCAACCAUGACUCAUUUCUGUUAUGUUGUCA